UAUGUCAGUGAUAUGUUUAUAUUAUAACGUGACGGUUAUCUUUGAGUCCCCUGCGUGAUGAUGAACGACGAAAUAAUAAAAAUAACAAUAUUACUGUAAUUUGUAAUAAAAAUAAACAUUUUUUACCUUUGGGACUGGUUGGGAGCACUGAACGCUGUUUGGAACAGUGUUUUUAUUUGGAUAAUAAGAUACACGUAAAUAUGCAUUUAAUAUCACUCGUAAUUCUUCUGUUAUUAUCCUGGCUGUACUUCCGAUGGCAAAAAGUGAAGGUGUUCUGGGCGCGUCGGAAUGUGCCGCAUCAUCCGCCGCACCCCAUCCUUGGGGGACUCACGUUUCUGCAAAGGGAGAACCCUGCUGUUUGGAUGAAGAGAAUAUAUAAAGAGUUCCGAACUCCAUAUGUGGGAACUUGGUUGUUUUGGCGACCAGCACUCGUUAUCAACUCGCCAGAAAUUGCUAGAAGGAUAUUGGUGAAAGAUUCCAAUGUGUUUAGGAACAGAUUCCUAAGCUCCGGCACUUCCGAUCCAAUUGGUUCUCUCAACUUGUUCACUGUUAACGAUCCUCUCUGGACGUAUAUGAGACGACGUCUGACAGUUGUAUUUACAGCAGCGAAAUUAAGAGCUCUUCAAAGACUCAUUACCACAAAGACUGAGCAAUUAUGCGAAAGAAUUAGAAGCGAUGUAUCACAAAACAAAUUGAUCGAUGUCAGAUCCUUAUUUGCUGAUUAUACCACAGACAUGAUCGGAGCAGCUGCAUUUGGUUUAAACGACAACGCUACCAUUACGGGUGAAAGUCCUUUGAGGCACGUUACAAAAACAUUUAUGAGGUACAAUCUGUAUAGAGGCUUGUCGUGGUCAAGCAUUUUCUUUUUACCCGAAAUGGUCGAUGUAUUUAGGUUCUCAUUUUUUCCAAAGAAUUCAAUAGACCAUAUCAAAAAGAUCUACCGUGCAGUAGUUAAAGAACGAGGUGAUUUCGAGUAUGGUAUUAGCGAAAUCAAUGAUCUUUUGGAUGUUUUACGCAAAAUAAAAUAUGACGCUGUUCAAAACAGAGAAGAAAUAACCGAAGAUAUGCUUGUAGCGCAAGCAGCCAUCUUUCUUUUCGGCGGCUUUGACACAACAGCAGUAGCUGUGACGUAUGCUACAUGUGAAUUGGCGUACCAUACUCACAUACAGGAAAAACUUUAUAAUGAGCUUCAAGAAGCGAAGAAAAGAAGAGGCGGUAGGGAAUUGGAUGCAAAUGCACUAAGUGAGAUAGAUUACCUAACUUCUGUUAUUAAAGAAACAUUGAGAAUGUUCCCUUCAAUGGGCUGGUUAGACCGGAUUGCGUCUACGGAUUAUAAAAUUGAUGACAAUCUCACAAUCCCAGCUGGCACUCCAGUGUAUGUGAAUGCUAUUGGGAUGCAUUACGAUAAUAUCUAUUACCCAAACCCAGAGAUCUUUGAUCCUGACAGAUUUAUGCCUGAAAACGAAGCAAAAUUAACACCAUUUACUUAUAUGCCUUUCGGAGGAGGUCCAAGGAAUUGUAUAGGUCAACGUUUCGCUUACAAUACGAUGCGUAAUACUUUGGCUUCUGUCGUCCAAAAUUUCAAGAUUCUUCCAAUAUCUGACUUUCCGAAACCAGAAGAGUGUUCGAUAGAAAAAAGAGGUAUGUUCCUCGCGCCUGACCGUCCUCUCUCCGUGCAGUUUAUACCCAGAUGCUAACAUUUCUUAUCGUUAACAUUAGAUUGACGGUUAGCUCGUGGUCUAAUAAGUUCUUGUAUCAAGAGAUUUAAUAUAAUUUAUGACUUUUCAA